CCCGCCCCAUUCUCCCGCUUUCCAUCAUCCCGCCCCUUUCUCCCGCUUUCCAUCUCCCCGCCCCAUUCUCCCGCUUUCCAUCACCCCGCCCCAUUCUCCCGCUUUCCAUCACCCCGCCCCAUUCUUCCGUUUCCCAUCAUCCUGCCCCAUUCCACCGCUUUCCAUCACCCCUCCCCAUUCUCCCUCCUUCCAUCACCCCGCCCCAUUCUUCCGCUUUCCAUCACCCGCCCCAUUCUCCCGCUUUCUAUCACCUCGCCCCAUUCUCCCGCUUUCCAUAACCCGGCCCCAUUCUUCUGCUUUCCAUCACCCCGCCCCAUUCUCCCGCUUUCCAUCACCCCGCCCCAUUCUCCCUCCUUUCAUCACCCUGCCCCAUUCUCCCUCCUUCCAUCACCCCGCCCCAUUCUCCCGCUUUCCAUCACUCCGCCCCAUUCUCCCUCCUUCCAUCACCCCGCCCCAUUCUCCCUCCUUCCAUCACCCCGCCCCAUUCUCCCGCUUUCCUUCACCCCGCCCCAAUCUCCUGCUUCCCAUAACCCCACCCCAUUCUUCCGCUUUCCAUCUCCCCGCCCCAUUCUCCCGUUUUCCAUCACCCCGCCCCAUUCUCCCGCUUUCCAUCACCCCGCCCCAUUCUUCCGCUUCCCAUCAUCCCUCCCCAUUCCUCCGCUUUCCAUCACCCCUCCCCAUUCUCCCUCCUUCCAUCACCCUGCCCCAUUCUCUCGCUUUCCAUCACCCCGCCCCAUUCUCCCGCUUUCCAUCACGCCGCCCCAUUCUCCCGCUUUCCAUCACUUCGCCCCAUUCUCCCUCCUUCCAUCACCCCGCCCCAUUCUCCCGCUUUCCAUCACCCCGCCCCAUUCUCCUUUCUUCCAUCACCCCGCCCCAUUCUCCCUCAUUCAAUUACCCCGCCCCAUUCUCCCGCUUUCCAUCACCCCGCCCCAUUCUCCCGCUUCCCAUAACCCCACCCCAUUCUCCCGCUUUCCAUCACCCCGCCACAUUUUCCCACUUUCCAUCACCCCGCCCCCUUCUCUCUCCUUCCAUCACCCCGCCCCAUUCUCCAUCCUUCCAUCACCCCGCCCCAUUCUCCCGCUUUCCAUCAGCCCGCCCCAUUCUCCCGCUUUCCAUCACCCCGCCCCAUUCUCCCGCUUUCCAUCACCCCGCCCCAUUCUCCCGCUUUCCAUCACCCCGCCCCAUUCUCCCGCUUUCCAUCACCCCGCCCCAUUCUUCCGCUUCCCAUCAUCCCGCCCCAUUCCACCGCUUUCCAUCACCCCUCCCCAUUCUCCCUCCUUCCAUCACCCCGCCCCAUUCCCCCGCUUUCCAUCACCCCGCCCCAUUUUCCCCCCUUCCAUCACCCCGCCCCAUUCUCCCUCCUUCCAUCACCCCGCCCCAUUCUCCCGCUUUCCAUCACCCCGCCCCAUUCUCCCGCUUCCCAUAACCCCACCCCAUUCUCCCGCUUUCCAUCACCCCGCCACAAUCUCCCGCUUUCUAUCACCCCGCCCCAUUCUCCCUCCUUCCAUCACCCCGCCCCAUUCUCCCGCUUUCCAUCACCCCGCCCCAUUCUCCCGAUUUCCAUCACCCCGCCCCAUUCUCCCGCUUUCCAUCACCCCGCCCCAUUCUCCCGCUUUCCAUCACCCCGCCCCAUUCUCCCGCUUUCCAUCAUCCCGCCCCAUUCUCCCUCCUUCCAUCACCCCGCCCCAUUCUUCCGCUUCCCAUCAUCCCGCCCCAUUCCACCGCUUUCCAUCACCCCUCCCCAUUCUCCCUCCUUCCAUCACCCCGCCCCAUUCUCUCGCUUUCCAUCACCCCACCCCAUUCUCCCGCUUUCCAUCACCCCGCCCCAUUCUCUCGCUUUCUAUCACUCCGCCCCAUUAUCCCUCCUUCCAUCACCCCGCCCCAUUCUCCCUACUUCCAUCACCCCGCCCCAUUCUCCCGCUUUCCAUCACCCCGCCUCAUUCUUCCGCUUCCCAUAACCCCACCCCAUUCUCCCGCUUUCCAUCACCCCGCCACAUUCUCCCACUUUCUAUCACCCUGCCCCCUUCUCUCUCCUUCCAUCACCCCGCCCCAUUCUCCCUCCUUCCAUCACCCUGCCCUAUUCUCCCGCUUUCCAUCAGCCCGCCCCAUUCUCCCGCUUUCCAUCACCCCGCCCCAUUCUCCUGCUUUCCAUCACCCCGCCCCAUUCUUCCGCUUCCCAUCAUCCCGCCCCAUUCCCCCGCUUUCCAUCACCCUCCCCAUUCUCCCUCCUUCCAUCACCCCGCCCCAUUCUCUCGCUUUCCAUCACCCCGCCCCAUUCUCCCGCUUUCCAUCACCCCGACCCAUUCUCCCGCUUUCCAUCACCCCGCCCCAUUCUCCCUCCUUCCAUCACCCCGCCCCAUUCUCCCACUUUCCAUCACCCCGCCCCAUUCUCCCUCCUUCCAUCACCCCGCCCCAUUCUGCCUCAUUCCAUCACCCUGCUCCAUUCUCCCACUUUCCAUCACCCCGCUCCAUUCUCCCGCUUCCCAUAACCCCACCCCAUUCUCCCGCUUUCCAUCACCCCGCCACAUUUUCCCACUUUCCAUCACCCCGCCCCCUUCUCUCUCCUUCCAUCACCCCACCCCAUUCUCCCUCCUUCCGUCAACCCGCCCCAUUCUCCCGCUUUCCAUCAGCCCGCCCCAUUCUCCCGCUUUCCAUCACCCCGCCCCUUUCUCCUGCUUUCCAUCUCCCUGCCCCAUUCUCCCGCUUUCCAUCACCCCGCCCCAUUCUCCCGCUUUCCAUCACCCAGCCCCAUUCUCCCGCUUUCCAUCACCCCGCCCCAUUUUCCCGCUUUCCAUCACCCCGCCCCAUUCUCCCGCUUUCCAUCACCCCGCCCCAUUCUCCCUCCUUCCAUCACCCCGCCCCAUUCUCCCGCUUUCCAUCACCCCCCCCAUUCUCCCGCUUUCCAUCACCCCACCCCAUUCUCCCGCUUUCCAUCACCCGCACCAUUCUCCCGCUUUCCAUCACCCCGCCCCAUUUUCCCGCUUUCCAUCACCCCGCCCCAUUCUCCCGCUUUCCAUCACCCUGCCCCAAUCUCCCGCUUUCCAUCACCCCACCCCAUUCUCCCUCCUUCUAUCACCCCGCCCCAUUCUCCCGCUUUCCAUCACCCCGCCCCAUUCUCCCGCUUUCCAUCACCCAGCCUCAUUCUCCCGCUUUCCAUUACCCUGCCCCAUUCUCCUGCUUUCCAUCACCCCGCCCCAUUCUCCCGCUUUCCAUCACCCCGCCCCAUUCUCCCUCCUUCCAUCUCCCCGCCCCAUUCUCCCGCUUUCCAUCACCCCGUCCCAUUCUCCCUCCUUCCAUCACCCCGCCUUAUUCUCCCUCAUUCCAUCACCCUGCCCCAUUCUCCCGCUUUCCAUCACCCCGCCCCAUUCUCCCGCUUCCCAUAACCCCACCCCCUUCUCCCGCUUUCCAUCACCCCACCACAUUCUCCCGCUUUCUAUCACCCCGCCCUAUUCUCCCUCCUUCCAUCACCCCGCCCCAUUCUCCCGCUUUCCAUCACCCCGCCCCAUUCUCCCGCUUUCCAUCAUCCCGCCCCAUUCUCCCUCCUUCCAUCACCCCGCCCCAUUCUCCCGCUUUCCAUCACUCCGCCCCAUUCUCCCUCCUUCCAUCACCCCGCCCCAUUCUCCCCCCUUCCAUCACCCCGCCCCAUUCUCCCGCUUUUCAUCACCCCGCCCCAUUCUCCCGCUUCCCAUAACCCCACCGUAUUCUCCCGCUUUCCAUCACCCCGCCACAUUCUACCACUUUCCAUCACCCCGCCCCCUUCUCUCUCCUUCCAUCACCCCGCCCCAUUCUCCCUCCUUCCAUCACCCCGCCCUAUUCUCCCGCUUUCCAUCAGCCCGCCCCGUUCUCCCGCUUUCUAUCACCCCUCCCAUUUCUCCCACUUUCCAUCUCCCCGCCCCAUUCUCCCGCUUUCCAUCACCCCGCCCCAUUCUCCCGCUUUCCAUCACCCCGCCCCAUUCUUCCGCUUCCCAUCAUCCCGCCCCAUUCCCCCGCUUUCCAUCACCCCUCCCCAUUCUCCCUCCUUCCAUCACCCCGCCCCAUUCUCUCGCUUUCCAUCACCCCGCCCCAUUCUCCCGCUUUCUAUCACCCCGCCCCAUUCUCCCGCUUUCCAUCACCCCAGCCCAUUCUUCCUCCUUCCAUCACCCCGCCCCAUUCUCCGGCUUUCCAUCACCCUGCCCCAUUCUCCCUCCUUCCAUCACCCCGCCCCAUUCUCCCUCAUUCCAUCACCCCGCCCCAUUCUCCCGCUUUCCAUCACCCCGCCCCAUUCUCCCGCUUCCCAUAACCCCACCCCAUUCUCCUGCUUUCCAUCACCCCGCCAAAUUUUCCCAGUUUCCGUCACCCCGCCCCCUUCUCUCUCCUUCCAUCACCCCGCCCCAUUCUCCCUCCUUCCAUCACCCCGCCCCAUUCUCCUGCUUUCCAUCAGCCCGCCCCAUUCUCCCGCUUUCCAUCACCCCGCCCCAUUCUCCCUCCUUCCAUCACCCCGCCCCAUUCUCCCGCUGUCCAUCAUCCCGCCCCAUUCUCCCGCUUCCCAUAACCCCACUCCAUUCUCCCGCUUUCCAUCACCCCGCCACAUUCUCCCGCUUUCUAUCACCGCGCCCCAUUCUCCCUCCUUCCAUCACCCCGCCCCAUUCUCCCGCCUUCCAUCACCCCGCCCCAUUCUCCCGAUUUCCAUCACCCCGCCCCAUUCUCCCGCUUUCCAUCACCCCGCCCUAUUCUCCCGCUUUCCAUCACCCCGCCCCAUUCUCCCGCUUUCCAUCAUCCCGCCCCAUUCUCCCUCCUUCAAUCACCCCACCCCAUUCUUCCGCUUCCCAUCAUUACGCCCCAUUCCCCCGCUUUCCAUCACCCCUCCCCAUUCUCCCUCCUUCCAUCACCCCGCCCCAUUCUCUCGCUUUCCAUCACCCCGCCCCAUUCUCCGGCUUUCCAUCACCCCACCCCAUUCUCCCGCUUUCCAUCACUCCGCCCCAUUAUCCCUCCUUCCAUCACCCCGCCCCAUUCUCACUCCUUCCAUCACCCCGCCCCAUUCUCCCGCUGUCCAUCACCCCGCCUCAUUCUCCCGCUUCCCAUAACCCCACCCCAUUCUCCCGCUUUCCAUCAUCCCGCCACAUUCUCCCACUUUCUAUCACCCCGCCCCCUUCUCUCUCCUUCCAUCACCCCGCCCCGUUCUCCCUCCUUCCAUCACCCUGCCCCAUUCUCCCGCUUUCCAUCAGCCCGCCCCAUUCUCCCGCUUUCCAUCACCCCUCCCCUUUCUCCCGCUUUCCAUCUCCCCGCCCCAUUCUCCCGCUUUCCAUCACCCCGCCCCAUUCUCCUGCUUUCCAUCACCCCGCCCCAUUCUUCCGCUUCCCAUCAUCCCGCCACAUUCUCCCGCUUUCCAUCACCCCUCCCCAUUCUCCCUCCUUCCAUCACCCCGCCCCAUUCUCUCGCUUUCCAUCACCCCGCCCCAUUCUCCCGCUUUCCAUCACCCCGACCCAUUCUCCCGCUUUCCAUCACCCCGCCCCAUUCUCCCUCCUUCCAUCACCCCGCCCCAUUCUCCCGCUUUCCAUCACCCCGCCCCAUUCUCCCUCCUUCAAUCACCCUGCCCCAUUCUCCCUCAUUCCAUCACCCUGCCCCAUUCUCCCGCUUUCCAUCACCCCGCCCCAUUCUCCGGCUUCCCAUAACCCCACCCCAUUCUCCCUCUUUCCAUCACCCCGCCACAUUUUCCCACUUUCCAUCACCCCGCCCCCUUCUCUCUCCUUCCAUCACCCCGCCCCAUUCUCCCUCCUUCCAUCAACCCGCCCCAUUCUACCGCUUUCCAUCAGCCCGCCCCAUUCUCCCGCUUUCCAUCACCCCGCCCCUUUCUCCAGCUUUCCAUCUCCCUGCCCCAUUCUCCCGCUUUCCAUCACCCCGCCCCGUUCUCCCGCUUUCACUCACCCAGCCCCAUUCUCCCGCUUUCCAUCACCCCGCCCCAUUCUCCCGCUUUCCAUCACCCAGCCCCAUUCUCCCGCUUUCCAUCACCCCGCCCCAUUUUCCCGCUUUCCAUCACCCCGCCCCAUUCUCCCGCUUUCCAUCACCCUGCCCCAAUCUCCCGCUUUCCAUCACCGAACCCCAUUCUCCCUCCUUCCAUCACCCCGCCCCAUUCUCCCGCUUUCCAUCACACCGCCCCAUUCUCCCGCUUUCCAUCACCCCGCCCCAUUCUUCCGCUUCCCAUCAUCCCGCCCCUUUUCCCCGCUUUCCAUCACCCCUCCCCACUCUCCCUCCUUCCAUCACCCCGCCCCAUUCUCCCGCUUUCCAUCACCCGCCCCAUUCCCCGCUUUCCAUCACCCCGCCUCAAUCUUUUGCUUUCCAUCACCCCGCCCCAAUCUCCCGCUUUCCAUCACCCUGCCCCAUUCACCCGCUUUCCAUCACCCGCCCCAUUCUCCCGCUUUCCAUCACCCCGCCCAUUCUCCCGCUUUCCAUCACCCCGCCCCAUUCUCCCGCUUUCCACCCCCCCCCCGCCCCAUUCUCCCGCUUUCCAUCACCCCGCCUCAUUCUCCCGCUUUCCAUCACUCCGCCCCAUUCUCCCGCUUUCCAUCACCCCGACCCAUUCUCCCAAUUUCCAUCAUCCCGCCCCCUUCUCCCUCCUUCCAUCACCCCGCCCCAUUCUCCCUCCUUCCAUCACCCCACCCCAUUCUCCCGCUUUCCAUCACCCCGCCCCAUUCUCCCGCUUUCCAUCACCAUGCCCCAUUCUCCCGCUUUCCAUCACCCCGCCCCAUUCUCCCGCUUUCCAUCACCCCGCCCCAUUCUCCCUCCUUCCAUCACCCCGCCCCAUUCUCCUGCGUCCCAUCAUCCUGCCCCAUUCUCCGUCCUUCCAUCACCCCGCCCCAUUCUCCCUUCUUCCAUCACCCCGCCCCAUUCUCCCGCUUUCCAUCACCCCGCCCCAUUCUCCCGCUUUCUAUCACCCCGCCCCAUUCUUCCGCUUCCCAUCAUCCCGCCCCAUUCCCCCGCUUUCCAUCACCCCUCCCCAUUCUCCCUCCUUCCAUCACCCCGCCCCAUUCUCUCGCUUUCCAUCACCCCGCCCCAUUCUCCCGCUUUCCAUCACCCCGCCCCAUUCUCCCGCUUUCCAUCACCCCAGCCCAUUCUUCCUCCUUCCAUCACCCCGCCCCAUUCUCUGGCUUUCCAUCACCCCGCCCCAUUCUCCCUCCUUCCAUCACCCCGCCCCAUUCUCCCUCAUUCCAUCACCCCGCCCCAUUCUCCCGCUUUCCAUCACCCCUCCCCAUUCUCCCGCUUCCCAUAACCCCACCCCAUUCUCCCGCUUUCCAUCACCCCGCCAAAUUUUCCCACUUUCCGUCACCCCGCCCCCUUCUCUCUCCUUCCAUCACCCCGCCCCAUUCUCCCUCCUUCCAUCACCCCGCCCCAUUCUCCUGCUUUCCAUCAGCCCGCCCCAUUCUCCCGCUUUCCAUCACCCCGCCCCAUUCUCCCUCCUUCCAUCACCCCGCCCCAUUCUCCCGCUUUCCAUCACCCCGCCCCAUUCUCCCGCUUCCCAUAACCCCACUCCAUUCUCCCGCUUUCCAUCACCCCGCCACAUUCUCCCGCUUUCUAUCACCCCGCCCCAUUCUCCCUCCUUCCAUCACUCCGCCCCAUUCUCCCGCUUUCCAUCACCCCGCCCCAUUCUCCCGCUUUCCAUCACCCCGCCCCAUUCUCCCGCUUUCCAUCAUCCCGCCCCAUUCUCCCUCCUUCCAUCACCCCACCCCAUUCUUCCGCUUCCCAUCAUUACGCCCCAUUCCCCCGCUUUCCAUCACCCCUCCCCAUUCUCCCUCCUUCCAUCACCCCGCCCCAUUCUCUCGCUUUCCAUCACCCCGCCCCAUUCUCCGGCUUUCCAUCACCCCGCCCCAUUCUCCCGCUUUCCAUCACUCCGCCCCAUUAUCCCUCCUUCCAUCACCCCGCCCCAUUCUCACUCCUUCCAUCACCCCGCCCCAUUCUCCCGCUCCCCAUUCUCCCGCUUUCCAUCACCCCGCCCCAUUCUCCCUCUUUCCAUCACCCAGCCCCAUUCUCCCGCUUUCCAUCACCCCGCCCCAUUUUCCCGCUUUCCAUCACCCCGCCCCAUUCUCCCGCUUUCCAUCACCCUGCCCCAAUCUCCCGCUUUCCAUCACCCCACCCCAUUCUCCCUCCUUCCAUCACCCCGCCCCAUUCUCCCGCUUUCCAUCACCCCGCCCCAUUCUCCCGCUUUCCAUCAACCAGCCUCAUUCUCCCGCUUUCCAUCACCCCGCCCCAUUCUCCCGCUUUCCAUCACCCCGCCCCAUUCUCCCGCUUUCCAUCAUCCCGCCCCAUUCUCCCUCCUUCCAUCACCCCGCCCCAUUCUCCCGCUUUCCAUCACCCCGUCCCGUUCUCCCUCCUUCCAUCACCCCGCCCCAUUCUCCCUCCUUCCAUCACCCCGCCCCAUUCUCCCGCUUUCCAUCAGCCCGCCCCAUUCUCCCGCUUCCCAUAACCCCACCCCCGUCUCCCGCUUUCCAUCACCCCGCCACAUUCUCCUGCUUUUUAUCACCUCGCCCCAUUCUCCCUCCUUCCAUCACCCUGCCCCAUUCCCCGCUUUCCAUCACCCCGCCCCAUUCUCCCGCUUUCCAUCAUCCCGCCCCAUUCUCCCUCCUUCCAUCACCCCGCCCCAUUCUCCCGCUUUCCAUCACUCCGCCCCAUUCUCCCUCCUUCCAUCACCCCACCCCAUUCUCCCUCCUUCCAUCACCCUGCCCCAUUCUCCCGCUUUCCAUCACCCCGCCCCAUUCUCCCGCUUCCCAUAACCCCACCCUAUUCUCCCGCUUUCCAUCACCCCGCCACAUUCUCCCACUUUCCAUCACCCCACCCCCUUCUCUCUCCUUCCAUCACCCCGCCCCAUUCUCCCUCCUUCCAUCACCCCGCCCCAUUCUCCCGCUUUCCAUCAGCCCGUCCCAUUCUCCCGCUUUCCAUCACCCCUCCCCUUUCUCCCACUUUCCAUCUCCCCGCCCCAUUCUCCCGCUUUCCAUCACCCCGCCCCAUUCUCCCGCUCUCCAUCACCCCGCCCCAUUCUUCCGCUUCCCAUCAUCCCGCCCCAUUCCCCCCCUUUCCAUCACCCCUCCCCAUUCUCCCUCCUUCCAUCACCCCGCCCCAUUCUCUUGCUUUCCAUCACCCCGCCCCAUUCUCCCGCUUUCCAUCACCCCGCCCCAUUCUCCCGCUUUCCAUCACCCCAGCCCAUUCUUCCUCCUUCCAUCACCCCGCCCCAUUCUCCCGCUUUCCAUCACCCCGCCCCAUUCUCCCUCAUUCCAUCACCCCGCCCCAUUCUCCCGCUUUCCAUCACCCCGCCCCAUUCUCCUGCUUCCCAUAACCCCACCCCAUUCUCCUGCUUUCCAUCACCCCGCCACAUUUUCCCACUUUCCAUCACCCCGCCCCCUUCUCUCUCCUUCCAUCACCCCGCCCCAUUCUCCUUCCUUCCAUCACCCCGCCCCAUUCUCCUGCUUUCCAUCAGCCCGCCCCAUUCUCCCGCUUUCCAUCACCCCGCCCCUUUCUCCCGCUUUCCAUCUCCCCGCCCCAUUCUCCCGCUUUCCAUCACCCCGCCCCAUUCUCCCGCUUUCCAUCACCCCGCCCCAUUCUUCCGCUUCCCAUCAUCCCGCCCCUUUUCCCCGCUUUCCAUCACCCCUCCCCAUUCUCCCUCCUUCCAUCACCCCGCCCCAUUCUCCCGCUUUCCAUCACCUGCCCCAUUCUCCCGCUUUCCAUCACCCCGCCUCAAUCUUUUGCUUUCCAUCACCCCGCCCCAAUCUCCCGCUUUCCAUCACCCUGCCCCAUUCACCCGCUUUCCAUCACCCUCCCCAUUCUCCCGCUUUCCAUCACCCCGCCCAUUCUCCCGCUUUCCAUCACCCCGCCCCAUUCUCCCGCUUUCCAUCCCCCCGCCCCAUUCUCCCGCUUUCCAUCACCCCGCCCCAUUCUCCCGCUUUCCAUCACCCAGCCUCAUUCUCCCGCUUUCCAUCACCCCGCCCCAUUCUCCCGCUUUCCAUCACCCCGCCCCAUUCUCCCGCUUUCCAUCACCCCGCCCCAUUCUCCCUCCUUCCAUCACCCCGCCCCAUUCUCCCGCUUUCCAUCACCCCGUCCCAUUCUCCCUCCUUCCAUCACCCCGCCCCAUUCUCCCUCCUUCCAUCACCCCGCCCCAUUCUCCCGCUUUCCAUCACCCCGCCCCAUUCUCCCGCUUUCCAUCACCCAGCCCCAUUCUCCCGCUUUCCAACACCCCGCCCCAUUUUCCCGCUUUCCAUCACCCCGCCCCGUUCUCCCGCUUUCCAUCACCCUUCCCCAAUCCCCCGCUUUCCAUCACCCCGCCCCAUUCUCCCUCCUUCCAUCACCCGCCCCAUUCACCCGCUUUCCAUCACCCCGCCCCAUUCUCCCGCUUUCCAUCACCCCGCCCCAUUUUCCCGCUUUCCAUCACCCCGCCCCAAUCUCCCGCUUUCCAUCACCCUGCCCCAAUCUUCCGCUUUCCAUCACCCCGCCCCAUUCUCCCUCUUUCCAUCACCCCGCCCCAUUCUCCCGCUUUCCAUCACCCCGCCCCAUUCUCUCGUUUUCCAUCACCCCGCCCCAUUCUCCCGCUUUCCAUCACCCCGCCCCAUUCUCCCGCUUUCCAUCACCCCGCCCCAUUCUCCCGCUUUCCAUCAACCCGCCCCUUUCUCCCGCUUUCCAUCUCCCCGCCCCAUUCUCCCGCUUUCCAUCACCCAGCCCCAUUCUCCCGCUUUCCAUCACCCCGCCCCAUUUUCCCGCUUUCCAUCACCCUGCCCCAUUCUCCCGCUUUCCAUCACCCUGCCCCAAUCUUCCGCUUUCCAUCACCCCGCCCCAUUCUCCCGCUUUCCAUCACCCCGCCCCAUUCUCCCGCUUUCCAUCACCCCGCCCCGUUCUCCCGCUUUCCAUCACCCCGCCCCAUUCUCCCUCCUUCCAUCUCCCCGCCCCAUUCUCCCGCUUUCCAUCAUCCCGCCCCAUUCUUCCUCCUUCCAUCACCCCGCCCCAUUCUCCCUCCUUCCAUCACCCCGCCCCAUUCUCCCGCUUUCCAUCACCCCGCCCCAUUCUCCCGCUUUCCAUCACCCCGCCCCAUUCUCCCUCCUUCCAUCACCCCGCCCCAUUCUCCCGCUUUCCAUCAUCCCGCCCCAUUCUCCCUCCUUCCAUCACCCCGCCCCAUUCUCCCUCCUUCCAUCACCCCGCCCCAUUCUCCCGCUUUCCAUCACCCCGCCCCAUUCUCCCGCUUCCCAUAACCCCACCCCAUUCUCCCGCUUUCCAUCACCCCGCCACAUUCUCCGGCUUUCCAUCACCCCGUCCCAUUCUCCUUCCUUCCAUCACCCCGCCCCAUUCUCCCUCCUUCCAUCACCCCGCCCCAUUCUCCCGCUUUCCAUCAGCCCGCCCCAUUCUCCCACUUUCCAUCACCCCGCCCCAUUCUCCCGCUUUCCAUCACCCCGCCCCAUUCUCCCGCUUUCCAUCACCCCGCCCACUUCUCCCGCUUUCCAUCAUCCCGCCCCCUUCUCCCUCCUUCCAUCACCCCGCCCCAUUCUCCCUCCUUCCAUCACCCCGCCCCAUUCUCCCGCUUUCCAUCACCCCGCCCCAUUCUCCCGCUUUCCAUCACCCCGCCCCCUUCUCCCUCCUUCCAUCACCCCGCCCCAUUCUCCCUCCUUCCAUCACCCCGCCCCAUUCUCUCGCUUUCCAUCAUCCCGCCCCAUUCUCCCGCUUUCCAUCACCCCGCCCCAUUUUCCCGCUUUCCAUCACCCUGCCCCGAUCUCCCGCUUUCCAUCACCCUGCCCCAAUCUUCCGCUUUCCAUCACCCCGCCCCAUUCUCCCUCCUUCCAUCACCCCGCCCCAUUCUCCCGCUUUCCAGGAUGA